UGAUCAACAACCUUGAUAGAGAUCUGCAGUAUGCCAUUGUAGUUGAGGGGAAGAUGGAUUUGGAAUCUGUCAUAAAUUAUGAUGAAGUGAAGAAUGCCGUUAUGGAAAAGUUAAUGAGAUUGCGAGAUAAUCCUUUAACGGAAGAAUGUCCCCUCAUAUAUCACCUUGAUGUCGCUGCAAUGUAUCCAAACAUCAUAUUGACAAAUAGGCUUCAGCCACCAUCAAUAGUUUCAGAUGAGAUAUGCACUGCAUGCGACUUUAAUCGUCCUGGCAAAAAGUGUCUCCGGAAGCUUGAAUGGGUUUGGCGUGGUGAAACGUACAUGGCAAAGAGAAGUGAUUAUUACCACAUAAAGAGGCAGCUCGAGUCUGAACUUGUCGAAGUAGGAGAUGGUCAACGAUCACAGUCUUUUCUUGAUUUGCCUAAAGCAGAUCAACAAGCAAAGCUGAAGGACCGUUUAAAGAAAUAUUGUCAAAAGGCAUAUAAAAGAGUCCUGGAAAAGCCGGUCACAGAACUUCGAGAAGCAGGGAUCUGCAUGCGAGAAAAUCCUUUCUAUGUUGACACUGUACGGAGUUUCCGAGAUAGGCGAUAUGAAUACAAAGGGCUUAAUAAAGCUUGGAAGGGUAAGCUGUCCGAAGCAAAGGCUAGUGGAAAUUCCAUAAAAAUUCAAGAAGCACAGGACAUGGUAGUUCUGUACGAUUCAUUGCAGCUGGCUCAUAAAUGCAUUUUGAAUUCCUUUUAUGGUUAUGUCAUGCGAAAGGGUGCAAGAUGGUACUCAAUGGAGAUGGCUGGAGUUGUUACGUAUACGGGCGCAAAAAUCAUUCAGAAUGCUCGGUUAUUGGUUGAAAAAAUUGGAAAACCCCUCGAAUUAGACACAGAUGGUAUCUGGUGUGCAUUACCAGGCUCUUUUCCUGAGAAUUAUACAUUCAAGACAAAAGAUCCAAAAAAGAAGCUGGCGAUCUCCUAUCCUUGUGUUAUGCUGAAUGUUGAUGUGGCAAGAAACAACACCAAUGAUCAGUACCAGACUCUGAAGGACCCCAUCAAUAAGACGUAUACAACACACAGUGAAUGCUCAAUUGAGUUUGAAGUCGAUGGACCAUAUAAGGCAAUGAUUCUUCCUGCUUCCAAGGAAGAAGGUAUUCUGAUUAAGAAGCGCUAUGCAGUUUUCAACGAUGAUGGUACGCUUGCUGAGCUUAAAGGUUUUGAGAUUAAACGUAGAGGUGAGCUAAAGCUCAUCAAAGUUUUCCAGGUACUCUCUUCAUUUGUUGAAUACCCAACUUAUCCUUUUCUUUCGAGUAAAAGUUGUUUCUUCUUCUCUUAUAUACUUUCUGAAAUCGUUUCCUCAGUUAUUGUGUCCAUUCACUUGUCACCAAUUGCUGUAAAAAAGAAAGAGCAAUAUCCAGCCUUAAUGUUGUUUUAGUUUCU